UUCCUUCGCAGUCACUUCUCCAUCGAAGCUGAAAAGACCCAAAAGCAUAAUAAAAUGGAGCAUCAGAAGCCCAGAGAUGUCAAUGGAAAAGAGAAAAGCGACGAGAGUCGCGAAAGCAUCACAGAAGGCAUCACCGGCCGUUAUGCCAACAUAGACGAUGCUAUCCUUCGAGCCAACGGCCACGAGGCAGCAAUGAGACGACAAUUUAACUGGCUCUCAGCACUUGGUCUCGGUUUCUCUAUCACCAACUCAUGGGUUGGCUAUCUUAGCUGUUUCGGCCAGAAUCUCAUCUACGGCGGACCCCAGUCUGCAAUCUUUGGACUCAUUGUGGCCUUUUUCGCACAGUUCAUUGUCACGUUGGGCUUAAGCGAAAUAGCUUCCGCGUUCCCGUCCAGCGGUGGCCAGUACCACUUCUGUUAUAUACUCGCCCCCAAGAAUUCGAAAAGGUUCACUGCGUUCGUGAUCGGCUGGCUAUCAGUCAUCGCAUGGUGGAUUGUCACGUGCUCGGGCGUAUCGCUGUUCGCCAUAACUCUUUCUGGUGUCAUCAACUUCUGGAUUCCGGAUUUUGUAGCCUCUCAGUGGCAAGUAUAUCUUAUUUACGUCGCAACUGGCCUAUCCACAGUGACUCCAGUGAUAUUUGCAUCGAAGCAUCUCGCAUGGGUGGUCCAGUUCGCUUUGUGGGCAUCGAUAAUCGGAUUUCUCUUAUUUCUCUUUGUAUCAACUGGCAUGCAUUCCACUGUAAAUGACAGUUCUUUUCUCACUGAUGGCGGUUUUGGCACGAGCGGGUGGAGCUCGAGCACAGCAUGGCUUCUUGGAAUAGCGAAUGCCAUGUAUGCCUUUGGGGCGACUGAUGGUGCCAUCCAUAUCAGCGAGGAAAUGGAGCAGCCCGGACGGCGGGUGCCUCAAGUUAUGAUCAUGACUAUGAUUAUUGGCAUGGUUACUUGUUUUCCACUGAUGGUCGCUCUGUUGCUUUUCGUCAAAGACUUAGAUGCCAUAAUUGCAUCUCCUUUGCCUAGCAUGGAGCUUGUAUAUCAAGCAACUGGUAGCAAGAGUGUCACAAUGUUUCUGGUUUCUGUAUUAUUACUCGUUUACUUCACUUGCCUCCCUUCCCAGUGGGUCACUGACGGUAGACUUGCCUGGGCGUUUGCCCGAGACAACGGCGUACCCUUUCCCAAGUAUUUCGCUCACAUCAAUCCGAAAAUGGAGCUCCCACUACGCACCACCAUCGCUGCCUUCAUUUUUUUCACCCUCUACGGAUUGCUUUACUUGGCAUCCACAACCGCCUUCAACUCGAUUAUUACAUCCGCCGUCUUAUUUCUCAACAUUACAUACGCAGUCCCUCAGGGGAUCCUCCUAUUCCAGGGCAGGGAAAAGACUCUGCCAACUCGAUAUCUACGACUUGGUUAUCUUGGCUACUUUUGUAACCUCUUUUCAAUACUGUUCAUUGUAUUACUGGGGGUUCUAGUAUGCAUGCCGCCGGCUAUCCCAGUCACUAUCCAAUCCAUGAACUACACAAGCGUUGUUAUGAUGGGCUUGUUUUCUAUCGUGAUCAUUUUAUGGUUUGUUCAUGGGAAAAGGAGCUUCAAUGGUCCCAAGAUAGACUGGGAAUUGCUGGAGGCUUCCAAUACCGCUUUGCUCGCUUAG